UCAAUCGCAGACGCCAAUUUUUUCCCGAUUUAAAUCCAAUGUAAUCAUCAUUGAAGUGAUAUUUAUCCAGCUAUUAGAUAUCGUUUAUUACAUGCUUAUAUCUCCCGACCAAAGGGGCUGUCCAUUUUACCACGAUCGGUCUUCUGUAUUGGUCUUCGUGCCAAUACUCAGUCUCAGAUGUUAGACGUUCUCUAUAAAGGACCACUAAGAGCUAUGUACCCAGUGCAUGAGCCGGAGACCAGCAUUCAAGGAAACGGGUGACAUAGCAGAGAUAGACUUGAAUAACAUAAGCCAUGGAUAACAUGAACAGUUGGAGCUGGUCGGAGUUCUGCGGAACAAAGGCGGACAAUUUUACCGUGUGGAGCAAUGACGAUUUCAAUCAUUGCUUUGAGCUGCUUGUACUGAUAUCAGGGACCAACUUUCUUCUGGCUGUCAUUAGCAUUUACCACCUGGCAAAGUACACACAGCUCGAACAGAUGAUCCAUUCAAAUGUGGUCAAACCUGGUGUGAUAACCUUCCGACUGAUUGUGACGACAGCACUUGUCUUGGCUCCAGUAAUGGAAAUUAUACUGUCCUACGUUGUGUUCAAAGUUGAUAUGAGUCUCGUGAGUCUAAUAGCUUCUGGGGUCUCGAUACUUACGUGGUUGUUUCAUAUAGGAUAUCUUUGGAAGUUAAGGACGGUGUACAUACACCGAAUCCCUCUGAGGGGUCCUACCCCUAUCCUUGUCUCAUACGCGCUUGUUCUUGCUGCAGUUGUGAUCGAACUACAAUCUAACAUUCGUAAGGUAUUGUACAUUGAGAACCCAACCUAUACUGCUGAGAACUAUGUGAGCUAUGUUGAAGCGGGGCUUCAUUUCUUCUAUUUAUUGUCACUCAUUCCAAUUAAGGACCCAAUGCAUGGACACUAUGAUGGUCUUCAAGUUCAGUAUCCUGGUGAAAGUGGAGAGAGCCAGUCGUUACUCGGAAGAGGGAGAUUGCAGACUUAUGGAUCAAUAACUCCACAUGACGAUUUUGGAGACGGUUAUGAUGGUGCUAAUAUUUUCAAUCGGUUAACAUUCUGUUGGGUGCGCCCCCUUUUGAGGAAAGGUGCUGCAGAAAUGAUUCAUUCUGCCGAUGAUUUAUACCAACUGCCAAAAGAUCUACAGACCCGGACUGUUCAGAUAGCUUUCCGCAAAGCUUUAUCUAAUGUAGCUCAGAAUUCUGUUCAAGACGGUGACACACCUUCCACUGGUGAUGGUCCCCAUGUCCGGUUCGUCGACAACAACAGUUCUGCGUCUAGUCGAGGAAAAACUACUUUACUUCGGGCUAUGAAUAGAGCUUUUGGCUUGGAGUAUUAUUCAAUUGGAAUCUUAAAACUGAUCGCCGACUUGUCUGCAUUCGCUGGGCCGAUUCUACUGAACUUACUCGUCUCGUACAUUGAAAAUAAAAACGAGCCUUCACAGCAUGGAUACUUCUAUGCAUGUGGGUUGUUUUUAUCGACUUUAAUCACUGCCGUGGCAAAUAACCAGUUUGGUUAUUUGUGCAACUUGGUCGGCUUGAAGAUUCGGGCAUCGAUUAUAACGACGGUGUAUUACAAGACCGUGUCUGUCAGUAUGGUCUCGCUGGGGAAAUUCACCACUGGAGAAAUUGUCAACUUCAUGAGUACAGACACUGAUAGGAUCGUCAACUUUGCUCCCAGUUUUCACCAGUUCUGGAGUUUACCUUUUCAGGUUGCGAUAUCAUUGUACUUAUUGUAUCGACAGAUUGGCUUGGCAUUCUUGGCUGGGCUUGGGUUCGCGGUGCUCCUCAUACCUAUCAAUCGCUGGAUAGCAGUCAAGAUUGGGUCAUUAAGUAAGGCCAUGAUGGAACAAAAAGACGGGAGAGUCAAGGUGGUUAAUGAAGUCCUGAAUGGUAUUCGAGUCAUCAAGUUCUACGCUCUAGAGGAGACGUUUAUGGAGAGGAUCAAUAGGAUACGAAUUGCUGAGCUCAGCAGUUUGAGGGGCCGGAAAUACUUGGAUGCGCUGUGUGUUUACUUCUGGGCAACCACUCCCGUGCUCAUCUCUAUCUUAUCCUUCACAACGUACGCCUUGAUGGGGAAUACUCUGACUGCAGCCAAGGUCUUCACUAGUCUAGCGUUGUUCAACAUCCUGAUCAUGCCCCUCAAUGCCUUCCCUUGGGUUAUCAAUGGCCUGAUGGAGGCGUGGGUAUCCCUUAAGAGACUCGAGAAGUUCAUGAAGUUGGAUGAGCUUGACCUUGCGGCAUAUUAUUCCAAAGCUCCGACGAUAGAUAAUUCUUCAAUGAUAAGAAUCAAACAUGGUGCUUUUUCCUGGCAUAGACAAGAUAGUGAUGAAGAAGAGUCCAGUCAUCAUCCAAGUGACAGUGAGACUGCAGGGAACGAGACACUGUCAUCUGAAUUCAGAACUCAGAAAUUGGAAGAUAUAAAUAUCAGUGUAAAAAAGGGUCAAUUGGUGGGCAUUGUUGGUAAAGUAGGUUCUGGUAAAAGUUCCCUACUCGCUGCCAUUCUUGCUGAGAUGACUCACGAAGGAGGCUCAAUCGAAGUGACAUGCCUGGACCAAGGAUUUGGGUACACGAGUCAGGAGGCAUGGAUUCAACAUGCCACAAUCAGGGAGAAUAUCAUUGGUGGUGCACACUUUGAUGUAACAAGAUACCAAGCUGUGAUUGAGGGCUGUGCAUUAAUUGAAGAUCUGAAGAUUUUGCCAGCUGGCGAUCAAACUGAGGUUGGUGAAAAUGGUGUGACGCUUAGUGGUGGCCAGAAAGCUAGAGUGGGACUUGCCAGGGCCAUUUAUCAGGAUAAAGAAAUCUAUCUUCUCGAUGAUCCAUUUGCGGCUGUCGAUAUUCAUGUUGCACAACACAUAUUCUCCAAUUGCAUCAUGGGUAUUUUACGUCAUAAAACCCGAUUGCUCUGCACGCAUCAGACGCAGCUUCUCAAACAUGCUGAUCUCAUCAUUGUUCUGGAGGAAGGAAGAAUCAUAGAGGCUGGACCACCAAGUGACAUCCUUGGAAGUUCCAUCAUAAAGCGUCUUCAGUCAGUUCAGUCAGCUCAGGAUUCCAUCACAGAGGAUGCCGAGGGCGAAGACACGCUGGAACAAUCUCACAAUGAUGACGACGCAGUGGACACCCUGGUGGAAGAGGAAGAACAGGAGACCGGUGUGGUACGGUUCCAUGUGUACCAGUCGUACUGGAAGGCUGUGGGUGCUUGCUUGGCACCAGCUGUUCUCUUGUCUUUAUUUCUCAUGCAAGGCUCCAGAAAUAUAAACGACUGGUGGUUGUCAUAUUGGGUCUCUCAUGCUCACCAUCCCAAGGGAAAUGAAAGUCUUGUGGGACCACACCAAGAUUAUGGCUUGUUACAAUUCUACAGUUCUCAUCAUUUGACGUCCGAAAGCACCUCCAAUCAUACUGCAUGGACCAACAUCACUUCUGCAGACGACAACAUCAAGUUCUACCUCACUGUCUAUGGCUGUCUCGCUGCAGGGAACUCUCUCUUCACGCUGUUACGAGCAUUCCUCUUUGCCUAUGGUGGCAUAUGUGCAGCAAAGAUUGUGCAUUCGGACUUGCUAAAGAGUAUUCUACAGGCACCAAUAACGUUUUUCGACACGACACCUAUUGGUAGAAUCCUGAACCGUUUCUCCUCAGACGUCUACGCCAUUGAUGACACCUUGCCGUUCGUCCUAAACAUCUUCCUUGCUCAGUUCUACGGGUUGCUUGGUACCGUGGUCAUCACAUGCUAUGGACUGCCCUGGUUCCUCAUCCUGUUGGUACCGCUAGGAGCUGUUUACAUUCGCAUACAGAGUUAUUACAGAAAAACCUCCAGAGAGCUCAAACGUAUAACGAGUGUGACAUUGUCUCCUAUCUAUGCUCACUUCUCUGAGUCAGUCACUGGCCUCAUGACCAUCAGGGCAUUGAGGCAAAAGGAAAGGUUUAUAGAUGAGAAUGAACGACGUCUCGAUCUGAAUCAGCGAGCCCAGUUCUCCAGUACUGCGGCUGGACAGUGGUUUGAUAUAAGCCUACAAUCUAUUGGCGUCUCAAUGGUGACUGGUGUAGCAUUCAUUGCUGUUCUGGAACAUAACUUUCAGACAGUAGAUCCAGGUCUGGUUGGCCUUGCUAUCUCAUAUGCCUUGAUGAUAACUGGUCUCCUGAACGGCGUGGUCACCUUCUUUUCCGAGACAGAGAAACAAAUGGUCAGCAUGGAGAGGGCGAAGCAAUAUACAGAGGAUGUACCAUGUGAAAAGCUGGAGGGCAUGCUAUAUGCUGCACCCUUCUGGCCACUACAAGGUGUGAUCGAGUUCAACCACGUUGUCCUACAGUACAGACGUGGGCUUCCAAACGCUCUCAACAGCGUUACAUUCGAGACCAAAUCUGCUGAGAAGAUUGGUAUCGUUGGCAGGACGGGGUCAGGAAAGUCGAGUCUGUUUUUGUCGCUGUAUCGUAUGGUUGAGCUGACCAGUGGCUGGAUAAUGAUCGAUGGGUUGAACGUGUCACAUCUUGGGCUCCAUGAUCUUAGAUCUCGUCUUGCAAUCAUUCCACAAGAUCCAUUCCUGUUUAGCGGUACCGUGAGGGAAAACUUGGACCCCUCUGAGAUGUGCCAGGACAUUGAGCUCUGGGAGGUGCUAGGGAAGUGUCACAUGAAGAGGCCAGUUGAGCGGUUGGGAGGUCUAGAUGCUGAAGUGGCAGAGAGGGGAAAGCAUUUUUCUUUGGGGCAGAGGCAGUUGAUUUGUCUUGCUCGAGCCCUUUUGACGAGAGCAAAGGUUUUAUGCAUGGAUGAAGCAACCGCCAGCGUUGACCAUGAGACAGACCAACUCAUCCAGCGAACCAUUAAAACGGAAUUCUCCAACAUGACGGUUCUAACCAUAGCUCAUAGGAUAAACACUGUGUUGGAGAGUGAUCGAGUUCUAGUCAUGGACAAUGGCAAAGUGGCAGAGUUUGGUCCCCCGCAGAUGCUGCUUGAUAACCCUAACUCUAUGUUCUCAAGUCUGGUCAGAGAAAGUGCAAUAUGAGUGAAUUGUAUUGGCAAAUAUAGAUGAGAUUCUUUAAUCCAUACUUGGUACGUGAUGCCAAAAAUUCCCCUGAUUUAGUUACAUGAUUAUGUUUCUCUUGGCCUCACAUGUACGUAAUUUGGCUAGUCUCUUAGUGCCUUCUCAGAGGAGUAUCUUUGCACUUGUGUAAUUUCUGUCAGAGGCUGUUAUGAGACCAUUGGCAUGGGUGACUUCUCCUUUCUUGGGUUUGUUGAGAGGGGAUCAGGUUGGAAAGUUGGAAAGACAUUCUUUUAAUAAACCCCACUCAGUUAAUCUCAGUCUGAGUGGACAAUGCAGUGCUACAUAACUAAGCAGCAUCUAUUUUUAUUUGGAAGCUUUGUCAGUUCCAGAUGUUUGUCAUGCAUCAUGUAAUUAGGAGGUCCGUGAUUCAAAACGGAGCUUGUGUUUUAUUUCCACUGGUGGACAUGUAUCACAAGUACCUUUUUUAGCUGUUACAUGUGUAUGUCUCUAACUGUGUUGUAGCAAUAUAUGCAAUGGAAAUAAAUAUGAUAACUUAUUAACUUAUAUCUUGAAUAUUUAUGUUUAGUUUGUUUGAUUUCAUAUGGCAGGUUCCUUGCAUAUUGUGAAAAUGGGUGAAUAUAACUGUUGAUGGUACGCUCUAAUAUCAAAUGUGUUGUGUUGUUAGUCUCUUUGAAAUAAU